ACAAAAUUUCCAGUCGCGCGUUGUUUGUAUCAGAUGCUCAGUUAAAAUCUUGUAAAAAUAGCGUUUAAAUCGUUUCCCUACGAAAUUAUGAGCGACCAGGACGUUAGAGUACAAACAUUUCAGGACCUUCAGCUGGCCGGGGAUCAAUUGGAUCGGAUUCCGCUGAAAAAAGUGGCCAGACUGUCGCUGAACAGCCUCCGCCGGCAGGAAAGCGACGUCGAGGUGUACGAGUUCAUUUUUGGGCAAGUGGUGCAUCGAUUCGAGCCGGAUGAGUUCGAAACGGAGGUGUCGGCGGUUCUGUUGCCGGAACUGCUGAAGCAUCUGGAUAAGAUCGCAUUAGAACUGAAGGAUAGCGCCCUGUCCUGUUUCCUGAUAGACAACCUCAAAUCGUUUCUUUCGUUCGCAAACAUACUGCUGAACUUUGCCGAGUACGUGUACCAAGUGUCGGAAACCUACCAGCUGUACCGUACAACGACCAUAUUUCUGGAAUUUCUCGUUCGAAGCUAUGAGAUAAUUUCCCGAAGCAAGGCGACGGUACAGUGCGAAUCGAACGAGCAGGAUAUCGUUCAACAGUUGUUCACAAUCUGCCAGAGAAUCCAGCUCGUAAUGGUGCACCUGAUGGCUCCGUCCGAUAAACCUGGAUACUAUUUUCAGCAUACUGAUGUGGAAGAACAAUUCAGUUGUCUGAAAGAUGUCAUAGCCACAUUCUGCAAAAUUGGAUCGCUCACUGUCGGACUAGACAACAUACGGUGUACGGAAGCGUGGAAGGCGGUCGGGAAACUGUGUUCGUUACAUGAAAUGGUCAUUAAAAUGAAUGAUACUACGUGGUCACAUCCGCUUCUCUUGAAAACGAAUUCCGACAUUGAGAUGGCUUUCAAAAUGUUGCUGGAAAAUGAAGAGUUCACUAAAAAUGAUAUGGUGAAAUUGAGGCUCAUCAAUCUAAUGCUACGUGUCUUCAUCAAACUAUUGCAGCUCAUAAAUGUCGAUGAAUAUAGCGAAUAUCAUGCUAUUUUAAAAACCAUUGUAACAAUUGAGGAUGCACUUCAGUCAAGGAAUAUGAAAGAAGAGUUCACCAAUGGGGUACGACAGUAUUUGAUAGUAGGUUACAUGAACGUGGUUGGACUGAUCUUUAGAACAAAGAGGUUUGCUAAGGCUUUGACAUCAACAAACUUUCAAACGACGGAAGAAAUAUUAGCUUUUUAUAAUAUCAUUCAACUUGUUAUUUCGAAAGUGUUGUCUGAAAAACGGAACCCAGAUAUUAUCGACUUGUACACAACGGACUGUAACUUAUUGACAUGCUGCAUCGACUACAUAUCUAAGAGCCAUCGCGUUUUCAACAAGAACCCGAAUAUCUACCGUCAGCUAUCAGUUAACUUGUCGGCCUUCGUUCUUAUGUGUUCGAAGAAUCCUUCGGAAAGGCGCCAAAAACUGCUCGAGGAAACAUUGGUAGCCAUGAUCCUUCACGAUUCGUAUUGGGUUGAGCUGAUGGGGCUGGACAUAUGGAGUAUCUAUCUACGCUAUCACUCCGUGGAUCUUCAGUUGCAGUAUUUGAAGUUUUGGAAAGAUGUUAACGAUCGAUUUUCGCCGUUUGUUACGCAGAUCAAAGUAGUUUUUGUGCGAAGGUUGAUCCAUAACAUAUUUUUAUUUCUUCCGAGUAGUACGCAGCAAAAGGUUUUGAAAAAAUAUCCAAUAGCGGAUAGAAGCAAUUAUAAAUUGUGGACAGCAAUUUGGUUACAGUCAGUGGACAAAUCCAUCACAAAUACAGCUGAAGAGUUACUAUUGCGACGUGUCAAGCAAAGUUGUGCAAACCUGCUUGGGAAACCAUCGAUGGAAAGCUUGUAUGAAUGUCUUGAAAUUCUUCGUCUAUUAGCGACUUGUAGCAACAGAAAUCUAAUGCAGAACAUUGAAAGUGAUGUAAUUAUGUUAUGGAAGCGAUUAAGGCUGGAUAAACGAUCAGCAGCAAAAUGUGACACAUUAGUUCAAACGCUAUUAAUGAUAACUAUUCGUUUCUUAGAACUCAACGUAUGCUCAAACAGCUUGAAAACCAUCGCUUGUGAGAAAAUCACGGAAAUAGUCUACUUGCUAAGUGAUUCUUCUAAGCUCAUGCUGAUAGAUCUUGCAAGCGUAAUCCCAGAAAAAGCUGGCCAAAUUCUACCUCGUCUUGCUGUAGAUCAAAACGCACUGGUUAAAGUACUCGCUUUAAAUAGUGCUGAAAAGCUGAAGCAAUCUCAAACGAAUAAGACCGAUUUCGAUAAAUCCAUAUCUUCAGCAUUAGCAAACAUUCAUAAAGAGCUGCUCAAUUCAAAACACGAUUUACAGCAUACGGAGAAUUCUAUUACAACGCCGGUACAUCGAUGUCUCAAGGUACCAGAAGCGGUACAAAUCAUUCAGCAUAUAAGCGACCGAAUUGAUGAGCUGUUUCCUGAUGACGAAGAUGACUUCGGAUUAUCUGCUGUAACGCGCAGUGAAGAAUCGAGUCCCGCUGCUAAGAGAUUAAGACCUAAUAGUUCCAAAAGUUUGACCAAUAUUGGCACGUCCAUGCAGACCAGUUGUAAUACACCGGACGAAACUAUCGAUGGAAUCAGACGACAACUAGACGUUUUGCAGCGGUUGCGCGCUCAGAGGAUGUUGAGUAGAAGUCAGCUAACGGAGAUACGCAGGAUUGGGGAAACGUUGGCAGGUUUCAAUGAGUAACUCGCAAUUAAGGAAAUAAACCAGAAGUUUUGUACAAUGUU